CGGAAGUACUGACGUGUUCACACUGGAGUAGCGCGAGCGGCGGUCAGGCAGCCGAGAGUGACACAGCGGCAGCAACCGGUCAGAAAAGACAGAAUGUCAGAAGGAGACAGUUCUGCUGAAACCAUUCAUGGGAAGCCAUCCGCCAUAUCCAGCUUCUUCACACGUCUUGGACAGAUCUACCAGUCAUGGUUGGACAAGUCCACGCCGUUCUCUGCGGUACGAUGGGCAGUCACGCUCAUCCUUACAGCGAUAUACAUGAUCAGAGUGUACAUACUACAGGGGUGGUACAUAGUCACAUACGCUCUUGGAAUCUACCAUCUCAAUUUGUUUAUUGCUUUUCUGUCGCCAAAAGUGGACCCAUCAUUGCUUGACGACCCAGAUGACGGUCCAUCACUUCCCACGAAGCAGAACGAGGAGUUCCGGCCAUUCAUCAGACGGCUGCCGGAAUUUAAAUUCUGGCAUUCUGCUACAAAAGGCAUCGUCAUCGCUAUGAUUUGCACGUUCUUUGAAGCCUUCAACGUACCAGUGUUCUGGCCUAUCCUCGUGAUGUACUUCAUAAUGCUCUUCUGCAUCACCAUGAAGCGUCAGAUCAAGCAUAUGAUUAAGUAUAGGUACCUCCCCUUCACACAUGGGAAGAGGACAUACAGAGGCAAGGAAGACACAGGGAAAACCUUUGCUAGUUAAAAUCCCUCCCUUUCCUCCACUCACAUUAAAGUUAUUGAUGAAGAAUGGUGCGUACAGGGGUUGAAGUUUUGUAAGGGUUCCUGUUUUUGUUUUUGACGUUUUUGUCGGGAUGCAAAAAAAAAAAAAAAAAAAAAUUGCAAAAAAGGUAGGCUUACUGGAAAAGAGUUUUGAUCCAUGAUGACAGUGUUGGGUGUUUUGUUUAAUAAAUAUUGCUGCCUUCGAGGAGUGAAAAAUGCAUGGAGUUUGGGUCUCAGCAUGACUCACGCAAAGUUUACGGAUUAGUAUGGUGUCUAACUUGGUCUGAUAGUGAGUUGGAAAGCUGGGUCUAUGAUGAUGCUAAUGACAAGCUCUAGAACUUGGAGCUUUUUCAUCAUCGUUCCCCCUCCACUUUUAUCAAGUCAUACUUUAAAGUGUGGAAUGUGGUUUCAUUCCUUAUUCUGUGAUCGUUUGGUGGAAAUUUAAGAUAAUAAGAGCCAGAUUUUCAUCAGCAUCCAGAAAGCUCUCACGAAACACCCGGUCAUUCCCAGACAUCUGCACUGAAGUACUUUUUCUAAGCAACUAAAAAGAUUCAGUAUUUAGAUGCAAAACAGCAAGGUGUUUUGACACUAGUGCCCAUCAUGGAUUCACCACGUGAUUUUUGCCUUUAUUUUCUUGAAUGUGCAUUCUCUAUUUUUUUUUGUGUACAUAUACUUUGUGCCUAGUAACAUCCCUUCUAGCAGCUUUUAAUUUAUUCUCACGUAGUAAAAUCCCCCUGAUCAUUAAGCUGAACUGUAAUUUGAUGCUUAAUAGAACUAGCUGUACAUUGUAAGUUACAUCAUGCAAAACAAAACUCUUUUUCUUUCUCUCUCUUCUUUUUCAGAGGAAACAUAAGAGUCUUGAGGGCUUUAAAAAAUGUAAGAAAUCGAUGGAGAGAGUUGACAUUUUUCUUUUAAUUUCAUUAUUCUGGACCCUAACUGCUAAUACAUAUAUAUAGAAAGAGUUUUUUUUCAGCACUGUAGGUGAGGAUCAAAAAAAAUUUCCUAUUAAUGUGCAUAAUGUUUUACGGGGGUUUAUAUAUAAAAAUAUAUAUAUGUAUAUUUUAAAGGGUAAACUGAAAUUAUUUUGGAUGUUCUUUUUCUUUAGACAUGUGAUUCCAGGUGUUAAUUUUGACAUUAAAUGAAAAUAUACAUGAAUUGGAUACUAGAUCUAUAAAUAUCUCAUUAAAGGCAUUGCAUGUCUUUGGUUUACUUGUGUUACUGUUUAAAAUAAAAUGAUUUUAAUAACUACACUGUAAAUUUUUCACUCCAAAUGCUAUUAAAAGGCUGUGUCCCUUCA